AUGUCGGUCGAGAAGUACGAACUGCCUCGUCUUCCAUAUGCCCUGGAUGCACUGGAGCCCGCCAUUUCGGGCCAGAUAAUGGACCUGCACUAUAACAAACACCACCAGACGUACAUCACGAACCUCAACAACGCACUUGCCGCGCAGGCCGAGGCAUUCCAGUCGAAGAAUCUCUUGAAACAGAUUGAACUGCAGCCCGCGAUCCGCUUCAACGCCGGAGGCCACAUCAAUCACACGUUGUUCUGGCAAAGUCUGUCUCCCGCGUCAUCCGGCGACUCCAACAUCCAGGCUGUCGCAGGCUCGCUGCACUCGGCCAUAGUAAAGAAGUGGGGAAGCUUUGACAACUUCAAGGCCAAGUUUGAGGCCACGGCUCUGGCUAUUCAAGGAUCGGGCUGGGCCUGGUUGGUCAAGGACACUGAGAACAGUGGCACCCAGCUGGAGAUCACCACCUCCAAGGACCAGGAUCUUCCACCUGGUGGCAAGCAAAUCGUGCUCGGUGUUGAUAUGUGGGAGCAUGCUUAUUACUUGCAGUACUACAACAACAAGAAGGAGUACGUCUCCAAGAUCUGGAGCGUGAUUAACUGGAAGGUGGCCGAGAAGAGAUUCCAAGGAGAUGCAAAGACGAUCUAUGGAGAAUUGAUUGGUUUGGCCAGCAAGCUCUGA